CCUCUCUGGGCCUUGGUUGUCGUAUCUGUAAAAGAAGAGGAACCGUCCCUGCCCUGAGUGGACGUGAACGUGGUUGUGGAUCUGUGGGCAUGGGACGGGGGGGGCAGUAGAGCACUGGGCUGGCCUCCAGAGUGGCUACUUCCUGCUCUCUUUAGGGUUUGCCCUGUUCUUGUCUGCUGUAUAGCAUGGAGCUGAGGGCCAGGAGACCCACUGAGCAUUCAUUUAUUCAACAAUCAAUUACAAAGCACCUAUUGCAUGCCAGGCAUUGUGCUGGGCACCAGGGAGACAGCAGUGACCAUGUCAGAUAAAGCCCAUGAGGCCGUGGAGUUUACAGUCUAGUGAGAGAAGGGUAAACAGUGAAAUAAAACAAUAAAGAUCAUUUCAGAUAGUGACCCAGCUCACUGAAGAAAGGAAGGCAGCCUAGUAUCAUGUUACACUGUGAGUUGGAGCAGGAGGGUGGGAGGCUCUCUGAGGAGAGGACUUUUGAGCUGCCUGUUGAAAGGUCUGUGGGAGAACAUCUAGGCAUGGGGAGAGCCGGAUCCAAGGUCCCAAGGCAGGACAGGGCAGCUAUAUUGAGGGAUGUAAAAGAGGGCCAGAGUGGCGGUGGCAGCAAGACAAGGAGAAGGGCUGGGCAGAGGCCACCCUGUAGGCCUGGACUGAGAGGGCCUGGUGAGGAGGAGACUGUUAGCCUGAGAAGGGUGGGGAACCCUGGGAGGACAUUGGAACGCAUUCUGUAGGCCGGCUAUGUGAAGAGCAGGAGGGUGAGAGAGGCAGCCUGGAGGCCCACCCGUGAGCAGCAGAUUUCCGUGGUCCAGGCAGAGAUGGUGGUGAUUGGACCUGGGCAGGACAAGGGGUGGUGGAGCUGAGAGGGACCAAGAUGCCUGCUCUCCAUAGCUCCAAGCACACAGACACUGCUCUAGGAAGGCCCUCCCAGUUGCCAUGGAUUAGGGGGUGGGAGGGGAAGACUGGCUGCUGGGAGGGAAUGUGGCUUUGUGCUUGGAAAACAAAGAACAGAGCUUGGGGCCCUCUUCUCCUGGGGGUGGUGGCAGGCCCAGAGGCUGUUGACAGGACCAGAGGCUGGAGCUCAGGGCUGGGCCUGACAGGAGCAGGCUGCGGCCCCAGGGAUCCAGGAGUGGCCCUGCCGCUGAGGCCCCGCCCUCCCCGCCCUGAGGUGGGGGCCCACCAGGAUGAGCAAGCUGCCCUGGGAGCUGACUCGAGACUUGGAGCGCAGCCUGCCCGCCGUGGCCUCCCUGGGCUCCUCGCUGUCCCACAGCCAGAGCCUCUCCUCGCACCUCCUUCCGCCGCCUGAGAAGCGAAGGGCCAUCUCUGAUGUCCGCCGCACCUUCUGUCUCUUCGUCACCUUCGACCUGCUGUUCAUCUCCCUGCUCUGGAUCAUUGAACUGAAUACCAACACAGGCAUCCGUAAGAACUUGGAGCAGGAGAUCAUCCAGUACAACUUUAAAACUUCCUUCUUCGACAUCUUCGUCCUGGCCUUCUUCCGCUUCUCUGGACUGCUCCUGGGCUAUGCCGUGCUGCGGCUCCGGCACUGGUGGGUGAUUGCGGUCACGACGCUGGUGUCCAGUGCAUUCCUUAUUGUCAAGGUCAUCCUCUCUGAGCUGCUCAGCAAAGGGGCAUUUGGCUACCUGCUCCCCAUCGUCUCCUUUGUCCUCGCCUGGUUGGAGACCUGGUUCCUUGACUUCAAAGUCCUACCCCAGGAAGCCGAAGAGGAGCGAUGGUAUCUUGCCGCCCAGGCUGCUGUUGCCCGUGGACCCCUGCUGUUCUCCGGUGCUCUGUCCGAGGGACAAUUCUAUUCACCCCCAGAAUCCUUUGCAGGGUCUGACAAUGAAUCAGAUGAAGAAGUUGCUGGGAAGAAAAGUUUCUCUGCUCAGGAGCGGGAGUACAUCCGCCAGGGGAAGGAGGCCACAGCAGUGGUGGACCAGAUCUUGGCCCAGGAAGAGAACUGGAAGUUUGAGAAGAAUAAUGAAUAUGGGGACACCGUGUACACCAUCGAAGUUCCCUUUCAUGGCAAGACGUUUAUCCUGAAGACCUUCCUGCCCUGCCCUGCGGAGCUCGUGUACCAGGAGGUGAUCCUGCAGCCCGAGAGGAUGGUGCUGUGGAACAAAACAGUGACUGCCUGCCAGAUCCUGCAGCGAGUGGAAGACAACACCCUCAUCUCCUAUGACGUGUCUGCAGGGGCUGCGGGCGGCGUGGUCUCCCCAAGGGACUUCGUGAAUGUCCGGCGCAUUGAGCGGCGCAGGGACCGAUACUUGUCAUCAGGGAUCGCCACCAUACACAGUGCCAAGCCCCCGACGCACAAAUAUGUCCGGGGAGAGAAUGGCCCUGGGGGCUUCAUCGUGCUCAAGUCGGCCAGUAACCCCCGUGUCUGCACCUUUGUCUGGAUUCUUAAUACAGAUCUCAAGGUGGGGUGCUGGGGGGCUGCCAGGGCCGCCUGCCCCGGUACCUCAUCCACCAGAGCCUCGCAGCCACCAUGUUUGAAUUUGCCUUUCACCUGCGACAGCGCAUCAGCGAGCUGGGGGUCCAGGCGUGACUGUGCCCCCUCCCACCCUGCAGGCCAGGGUCCUGUCGCCACCACUUCCAGAGCCAGAAAGGGUGCCAGCUGGGCUUGCGCUGCCCACAUAGGACCUGGCCCCAGGCUGUCACCCUCCACCGAGCCACGCAGUGCCUGGAGUAGACUGUCUGAGCAGGCUGUGGGGUGGAGCACUGGACUCCGGGGCCUGCUGAUGUUUACAUGGCGCCCUGCCUCCUGGAGGAGCAGAUUGCUGUCCCCCACCUUGCCAGGGCAGGGUCUGGGCUGGGCACCUGACUUGGCUGGGGAGGCCCAGGGCCCUGGGCAGGGCAGGGCAGCCUGUCACCCAUGUGAAGAUGAAGGGGCUCUUCAUCUGCCUGCGCUGUCAUCGGUUUUUUUAGGAUUAUUGAAAGAGUCUGGGACCCUUGUUGGGGGGUGGGUGGCAGGUGGGGGUGGGCUGCUGGCCAUGAAUCUCUGCCUCUCCCAGGCUGUCCCCUCCUCCCGGGGCCUCCUGGGGGACCUUUGUAAUUUAAGCCAAUUAAAAACAUGAACUAAAAAAAAAA